CUAGGGUCAAACAAGCUUAUCGGAUGAGAGGUGAAACGUCUUCAAGCAACUUAAAGAAGUCCAGACGCUUUUCUUUCCAAGCUCCUUAGACUACAAUGACCUGGAUGACUGAGAACCUUUACAGACACGUUUUCUGGUAACAGCUGCAGGGAUGUCCUGCAGGGGAGUGAAGUUCAGAGGAACUAUUGAUGUGUCCAACCUGUCUGACGAGAAUGACGAGGAUGACCUGGAUAUCUGCGUGGCUCUCUGUAAAGACCAGCCCAACACACCUCUCCUGGAACUCAUGAAGACCUCCGGCGUCCAGGAGGUUCGCAGGGUUCUGGGCGAGUAUGUCCGGCGGCUCAAAUCAGGAUCCCAGAUGGUGGACAGUUGCUGUGGGGGGAAAUUCCAGUUGCUGGACGGGAGCAUCAGUGGACAGUUCACACAGCUGGUGCCAGACAAGAGGAUUGACAUGAAGUGGCGGUUCAGGACAUGGCCCAGCAACCACUAUGCCUCCGUGAGCCUAGAGCUGGAUGAUCGAGGAGACGACACAGAACUGAGGUUGGAGUGCCGAGGAGUCCCUUUAGGAGAAGAGGACUCCACCAGAGAGGGCUGGACCCGCUUCUACUUCCGGGCCAUCAAGCAGACAUUUGGAUACUGAGAGACUCCAAACCCUGGAACUCAUCUGACAGACUGAGAGGAGGUGGUGGUUAGAAUGAACUGUUAAAGGAACAGCAACACAAUUCCUGUAUCAAGGAGGCACCAUGUGACUCCCAGACUAAAAGGAACAAUGUACCCAAGAGGUUCCAAUCAAAGAGUUUAAAAUCUUCUUUUAAGCUUUGACUUGGGAUGUUAAUAAACAACUUCUCUCCA